GAACAAAUCUCUACGAAUCAUUCCGGAACAGUCCGGCUGUGUGGUCGUUGGUUUGAGUUCCAAAGUCCGCAACCGCAUCAUCUACGAUAAAGGCAAUUAGACUUAUAUUUAUCUACUAAUUGUGUCCCUCAAAAAGAGCUACGUAGUUGGCUCAGCGCCUCUGACCGUUGGUCACCAUAGUUACCGCGGGCUCUUUAAUUCAUUCUUCGACUUCAGUCAACCGUUGACUGAACAUCGGUAGUCAACGUUUGCGGCAUUAAAACAAUAAAAUAGUAAAUCUCUCAGCAGAUUAGGCUGGAUCGAGAUGUUGCAGUUAAUCCUGCUAUUGCCCCUUGCGAAUUACGUUCGGUGUGAACUUCCGGACAUCGCCUCAAGAUCCUUCAACAACAACAAUGACAUGUACGAUUACAUUGCCAAUAAUGAGACGGUAGCGGAAUUUGCCUUUCGAGAUCCGGACGUGGACUUACCCACGCCCGACCUAAUAAGACGCGCCGGGUAUUACGCUGAAGCUCAUGUAGUGCAAACUGCGGACGGGUAUUUAUUGACGCUGCAUCGGAUCCCAGGAAGUCUCGGGUCUCCGGUCGAAACAAACAAACCAUCUGUUAUAUUGCAGCAUGGACUUUUAGCGAGUUCCGCAGAUUGGGUGAUACCCGGAAAAGGAAAAGGGCUGGCGUACAUUCUCUCAGACCUGGGUUACGAUGUUUGGCUGGGAAAUGCACGUGGGAAUACUUAUUCCAGGGCCCACACUAACCUGUCGGUAUCUGAUUCAAAAUUUUGGAACUUUACUUGGCACGAAAUGGGUGUCUACGAUAUCCCAGCGAUCAUUGAGUACAUUACGAGUUACAAAAAAGAGCGCAGCCUUCUUUAUGUCGGGCACUCAAUGGGCACAACAAUGUUUUAUGUAAUGGCCUCCCAACGUCCUGAUGUCGCUAAUAAGGUGCGAGCGAUGUUCAGUCUCGCACCAGUGGCCUACGUUAAUCACCUGAAAAGUCCGAUUCGUAUCGUGGCUCCAUUCGCGCGGGAUAUCGAGUUGAUCGUCCAUUUUUUCGGUGCGGAUGAAUUCUUACCUCAAGGAUUCAUUCUGCGAUUCCUCGCCAAGUACGGAUGCGACGUAAACGUUUCGGAAGAGAAAAUUUGCGCCAAUUCUUUGUUUGUCCUUUGCGGAUUCGACAAGGAGCAAUUCAACGAUACCCUACUGCCGACCAUUUUGGGUCACACACCGGCUGGGGCAUCAACGAAAACUUUGAUACAUUAUGCCCAGGGGAUAAAUACGGGCCAAUUCCGGCAAUACGAUUACGGGGAGAAAAAGAAUCUCGAAAUUUAUCACAACGCUACACCGCCUGAAUAUGACUUAUCGAAGAUCCAGGUCCCCGUAGCGUUACACUAUUCCGAUAACGAUUGGCUCGCCAGCGUCACGGAUGUAGAUAGGCUCUAUCAAGCACUGCCGGUGAAAUUAGGGAAGUACAGAGUGAAUUUUCCGAAGUUUAAUCAUCUGGAUUUCCUUUGGGGAGUCGAUGCGCCGAAACUUGUUUACGAAAAACUAUUGUCGUUGAUGAAGAAAUAUAAGCAGGAAGUUAAGAAGAGGCGGUUUUAUGCCAGAAAUCAUUCGUUUGGAGCAAACAUCGCAAAUCACACGUCCUAUCCCUAACUGGGCGGUUUCAGCUCUGACGUCGCGAAGACUACCGUAUGUUCAAUAAUUUUGUAACGCCAAUGAGAAUCAUAAAUACAUGUAACUUUAUGUGA